GGAUGAUGUGACGUAAAAGCGCCUUUACCCUGUGAAAUGCCACCUAUGAAGCAAAUUUGCGGUACAACCACAAGGAAUGCUGCAAGUACUUACAAUUAGAGAUGGAUAUUUGGGGUUUUCAUGUUGUGGGGACAUGAUUCCAGUGGGAUUCUAUACACAACGAAUCCCAAUCACCAUGUUCUCCUGCCUUAUGUGCAGUGCACCAGAUCUAUGGCUGCUCUGGGGGGUGGUAUAUAUGAGUUGUGUUCCGGCUUGUGGAUCGGUCGUGUUCAUGUUAUCAAUGAGUUUGGCUUUGUCCCUUAGUCCACCGGCCCGACUGUUCAUUGUGAGGGUGGCCUAAGGGCGGAACAGUCAACGUCGAUUGUGAAGAGGGUAAUUGGGCAAGGCGUAAUGUCUGGCUCAAAUAAUGCUUGCUCGCGGCUACAAAUAGGGCAGUAAGUGGCAG